AUUUGAGAAGAGGGAAAGAGAGACAGGACGUGCUGAAGUUGUUGUCCCAAUUUUGAAGAUUUUUCGUGGAAAUUCUGACGGUAAAAAGCAAUAUCCACAAUCCUUGUCGUACAUAAAAUACUCCUUGUGUCUAUAAGUACUUGUGAAGUGCUGCAAACUGUACACAGGGCGAAUUUUCUGGAAAAUAUUUGCAGCCAAGACGUCAGCAGGACUGGAAUCCAUUUGGAUGUUAUGAUUUGCACUGCGCAGCCAGGUUUAUAUUUUUCCUAGCAGGACAAGAUGUCCACUCCGUUCCCAAACCUACUGCCUCGUGUCAACGACCCCCUGUGGUUCAACUUGGACAAGCCGUGCGACGAUGAGAGUGAACUGCAUCAUAUGGAACAGGCUCACAAAUCAUGGUUAGAGAGCAUAGCAGAGAAGGACAAUGAUAUAGUUCCUAUUGGGAAGACUGCAUCAGAGACCCAUGAUGAUGAUGAGGAUGAUAAUGAGGGGGAUGAUGAUGACUAUGAAGAUUCAGAUGACUAUGAUUCUGUGGAUGACUUUGACGGACCGUUAGAAACAGACAUGGGAGAGUCAGACUCAGAUAACAUUGAUGGACAAGCUCACAACUGACAGCAGGUGGCUUCUUUGUGUCCAGUUCAGUUCAGUUCAGUUGAUGUUCUGUUGUAAUUUGGAUGGAUUAUUUUCUUAGUUCACAAGUUUGGUCAAAAGUUAUGCUGUUUUCCUCCAACUUUGGUUACUUUAUUUUUUCAAGUUGAGUGUUGGAAGGUUGACACUUUUUGCUUUACUCCACAUAAGUGACCUAUUUAUUUGUAAUGUUGCAACAGCAAUUAUGAGGCAAUAUAACACUAACAGUUACUAAUUGUGAAGUCAUCCAUAAUACUUAGUACAUGUAACGUUACAUGUAUGUACAUGGACAGGACAGCAAGAAGCAGUGGAUUGCAAAAAACGUCAAUGAAUAAAGAGAUA